AUGUUGGGGACUAAGAGCGCUGCGGAGCUGUGCGUCCUGCUGAUCGACGAGCUGUACGGCCAACUCCCGUCGCGCGUUUUUGCCGCUCUCCUAGCAAGGGGCAGAUCGAACGUCGGAAAGCUGGUGCAACAGUCCUCGCUGAACCCUAAACAAGUCCGGCAUGGCCUUGUAGUCCUGAUCCAACAAAACCUCAUCUUCUACCACACCGACCCAGAUGCACCCCAUAGUCUCUACGAAGCGAACCCCAGUGCUGCCUACAAUCUCGUAAGAGUUGGAAAGAUCCUAGAUAUGGUCGAAAACCAAUAUGGGCGCACGGCAAAGCUACUCGUCCACGACGUUAUCCUGCUCGGCCAGAUCGAGAUCGCGGAGCUUGUUAGACACUACAAGCACGAACAUUGCGCCCAGAAGAAGGAUAGUGAUGGUGAGGUCGAGGCUGGUCACAAUGGCAUCAACGGGGAUGACCAUACCAACCCAAACCACAUCAAUGGUAACGGUACAGCUAGUUCCGCGACAGAGGACGAGUAUGCCGAGCCAGAGGACGAAGAAGUCUAUGAUAUCCUGGCCCAGCUAAUCGCCUCCGGAUUCAUCGAGUCAGUCACGGCGUCGACGUUCCAGUCACCUGAAGACUUGAGGACUGGAGUUGAGCAAGAGGUCAUGAAGGAUUUCCCGAACGGUCUCCGAGGAGCAAAGCAGACGAAUGAGUUUGACACAAUGGUCAUGGAUGAGCUGAAGUCCAUUCAUGGGGAACGCACAGCUUUGAAGAGAAAGUUACAGGACAGACUGGACUACGAACCCAACAUCAAACGUCGGAAGUUGACGAACUGCGGUUGGGCUAACGGGUUCGUCGCUACGGGCGGAGGUUCUCUCCUCGACGAAGAAUUCGAUACUAUGAUCCGAUUGAACCAUGACAAGUGCAUAGUGGAGCUUCGCAAUCAGAAACUUGCCGAGCAUGUCGAGGACAUCAUCGGAGAUACCACAGCCCAAGUCUACGGAGCACUGCUCAGAGCCCUCAGCAAGAAGAUAUCCCGUUGCCGGGUAUCUGGAAUCCUGUCGAAUGAAGAGGCCGACUUCUUGGAGCCUCGUGUCUCGACCGAUGAUGUCUUUGAACAUCUGAGCCCAUCUGUCGAUGUAUCCUUUGGAAUAGGAACUGCAUCUGAGGAUACCAUCGACAUUCGAUAUGCAGAAAAGAUUCGCAGGGAUCCACCCCAGCUUCAAGACCCGAGCUUUCAGGAUGGCCUCCAAGAAGGAGACGUCGUCGUGGCCUCCGACGAUGAGUAUGACGAGACUGGGGAGCUCACCAAUGGUGCCGCCGUCAAUGGAUCUCGCAGAGGCUCCAAACCGGGUCAGAAUGGGACCAAAGUCAAAGGCGAGGAUGGAGGACCCCUGAGCUCUCAACGACUGCGCCAGAUGCGCCAACAUCUUCUCAUACUAGCCGAGAGCAAACAGCAGUUCGUGCGUCACUGUGGAGCUGGCCAGUGGACAGUCGAUUUCGGACCCCUCUUGCAGCGUGUGCGCUUCAUUGAGCUUGACACGAUGAUUGAAGAGUCAUUCGGUCGACAGGGCCUGCGACUCACCCGAAUCCUACGAGAGAAGGGCAAAAUCGACGACAAGACGUUACCGACCAUGGCGCUCAUGAGAAAGCCCGACGUGCAUGUCAAGAUGGCAGAGAUGGAAAUGGCAGGGUUUCUCGACGUGCAAGAAGUGCCCCGCGACAACAACCGAGCGGCGAACCGCACCAUGUUCUUCUGGUUCUUCGAUGAGGAGAGAACACUCAGGCGAAUAUUGGACAGCACGUAUAAAUCGAUGGUGCGAUGUCUGGAGCGACUCGAGGUAGAGCGCCGUAGAAGGAAGAACGUGUUAUCGGUGACUGAGCGCAGAGACGUUCAGGGGAAGGAAAAAGAUAUGCUUAGAUCUGACGUGUACAGUGAAUGGCUCGAGUUCCUGGAAGUUGAGAAGAAACUUCUUGGGCAAAUAGGGCGGAUGGACGAUCUCGUUGCGAUCCUCCGCGACUACUGA